CCUGCCCCGGCCGGACCGCUCCUCCUCCUCCUCCUCCUCCUCCUCCGCUGCUGCUCCUCCUCCGCUCCGACAUGGCGCUCCGCAGGUUCUUCGUGGGAGGAAACUGGAAGAUGAACGGGAACAAGGAGAGUCUGGGAGAACUGAUCAGCACCCUGAACACCGCCAGCCUGCACGAGGACACCGAGGUGGUGUGUGGCGCUCCCGCCAUCUACCUGGACUUUGCCCGCUCCAGUCUGGACCCCAAGAUCGGGGUCGCAGCCCAGAACUGCUACAAGGUGGCCAAGGGAGCGUUCACAGGGGAGAUCAGCCCGGCCAUGAUUAAGGACUGUGGAGUGGACUGGGUGAUCCUGGGCCACUCGGAGCGCCGCCACGUGUUUGGAGAAAGUGACGAGUUGAUCGGUCAGAAGGUGGCUCACGCCCUGGAGAGCGGCCUGGGCGUGAUCGCCUGCAUCGGGGAGAAGCUGGAGGAACGAGAGGGGGGCACCACGGAAGAAGUGGUCUACACUCAGACGCAGGUCAUUGCAGAGAACGUGAAGGACUGGGGGAACGUGGUGCUUGCGUAUGAACCCGUUUGGGCCAUCGGCACAGGGAAGACGGCCACACCUGAGCAGGCUCAGGAGGUCCAUGAGAAGUUGAGGGCGUGGCUCCGGGCGAACAUCUCCGACGAGGUGGCCGAUUCAGUCCGCAUCAUCUACGGAGGCUCGGUCACAGGUGCAAACUGCAGAGAGCUGGCGUCUCAGGACGACGUGGACGGCUUCCUGGUGGGCGGAGCCUCCCUCAAACCGGAGUUUGUGGACAUCAUCAAUGCACGAGCCUGAGAGACGCUCGGAGAAAAUCUCUCUUAGGACCUUUAAAAAUGUCAAAACACUUUAGAUUUUCACUGUGUGUCUGUACGCUGGGCUGACUGUUCCACCUCCAGGCAUUUAAUAUGCAAAACCUGUCUGUACUACUUUGUUCUGUGCUGUCAUUUUGGGGAAUUUAGUUGUUCUUGUUAUUAACACUUGUCACUUCUCCUUUUAUCCCUCAGGACAACAGUGUUGAUUAUUGUUAUCAAAUUAUUUGUGGACACCUAAGAAGCUUGUAAAUC